GUAAUGCUUGCGCAUAACCUUGGACUGAAUACGAUGCUGAUCAAUAUUACAAUUUUAUUAAUAUUGGUAGGAUGCAUCGAAAGUCAGGAAGCGUUAGAGAAUCCUCAAUGUAACCAUUAUCCUGAUAGGGGCACCUGUGAAGACCGUGGUUUUGUGACAAAGUGGUACUAUGAUCGAUAUGCACACCGAUGUCGAGAAUUUUAUUACGGUGGCUGUGAGGGCAAUGAAAAUCGCUUCGAUUCGCUGCAAGUUUGCAUUUCGCUCGAUUCUUGGAACAUUUCAGAAUGUAGUCAAGCUUGUAAAUUUGAAUCAUCCGACGAUCCUCGGAUCAGAUGUGUUUUACCACAUGAUCCGGGUACUUGCGCAGGUAACUUCGAACGCUGGCAUUUUGAUAUACAAAUAAGACAAUGUGUUUGCAGUUGGUGGUCAGGUUGUGGUGGAAAUGCAAAUAUGUUUUAUUCAUAUGCACAUUGUAUGUCAAUUUGUGGAAUCUUUGCAAAUAGCUCUACUUCAGAAACAAAAUUAGCUAUUCGUAGAUAUAUUAAAGAACCACAGAAUACUCAGGUGUUUCACGUAAUUUACCAAAGUAGAAUAGCUGAAAGACAACAGUACCGUAAUUUGUUUGCAAGUUCUACACGAAAUAGCUAUCAACGGCCACAAAUGCAGUACGGUAGAUCAUCAGUUCGAAGGCAACCAUCAUACGCGCAAAAACAAACUACUCAACAAUAUUAUCAGCACGCAGAACAGUAUGGUUCACCACAGCAGUGGCAGAGAUCCCCAAGUCAAGUAAGUCAACAACACGUAUACCAAGCAACAUCGUAUCAACCAGAACGUGACCUAAGAUUACAAAGCCAGCAACCAGGAACAUACGUAAAUUUGAAUACAAUGCCUUCUAAUCAUGUGCAGGGUUAUGCACAAAUGAAUAGACAAGCAAGUUAUGGAAGACCACAGGAAGCAUUGCAUGCAAGACAGUAUGAUCAAGUUCAGUACGGUUUACAAACACCUCAAUCACGUGAUUCUUUUAUACGACAGCAACGAGCAGAUCAGCACGCACACGAAGAAGCUUUGCGUGAACGUGAAAGAUUACUAUAUCAACGUAGACGUGAAGAAUAUGACCGAGCUAUAAAAUAUCAACAAGAUUUGUAUCGUUAUCAACAAGCAAUUUAUGCUGCACAAAAUGGAGUACCGGUGGAGCACACACGUAAACAAGCAGAACAACGACAAACAUCACGUCAAACUGAACGUGACUCAUAUCGUAACCUAGAAUAUGCACAAGUUUCAACAACAGCAGAAACAAUAAAUAAUCGCAGACCAGAUGAAAUAAAACGAGAAAAAUUAAGACGCCGGAAAUUAAAAAAUUUUGAAAAAUUGAAGCAAUUAGAAAAAAUGCGCAAAUUAAUGAGAACCACUUCAAGACCUGUUACUACAGUACCAAGACCUCCAACACAGCCUAUUUCAACAGUACUCAAGCAACCAGUACAAUCUCAAAAAUGGACUCAACAAAAUAUGAAUUCAAGAGGUCAUAUCAGUUUAGAUGCCAGAAGUAAGCAAAUUCAAGCAUUGCAGCAACAUUCUUUGCACCAUCGGACUUCUUCAGUAAAUCCUCAACAACAAAUUAAUCAUUUCAAUGGUACUACUACCACUGCACCGUCUGAACAAGUAAACAAAUUUAAUAAUCAGUCAGCUAUUAAAUCUCCUAAUCUUGAGCAGCAGCACAAGAAAUUAAAAUCAGAACAUUUGCCUGCAGGAAUGGUACUUUCUGCAGAUCAAGUUCCUGACCAUUUUGGUGUUCAUCACGCUGAAACAGUUAGUGCUAAUCCGUUAUCAGCAAAAUCAGCAGAUCAGCAAAAACAUGUUAUCACUAUUGAGGAUUAUGAAGAAAACGAUCAUUAUCCGGAUGAUCAACAAUUUGAGGAAGGAAAUUCUGGGAUGAUUACAACUGAAACAACAAAACUCAAAAUAAUGCCAAAUGCAAAUGGAAAUCGUCAUAAUAAAAAUCAACAACAAGAGAAAAUUGAAGAUGAAUAUGAAGAUUCUGAAGAAGUUGUUUUCUGGCAAGGAGAUAACCCACGUAGCGUACGUGGAAUUGAACACUUGUACUAUGCGGGUGAUGAUGACCCUAAUUACAAUAUUUAA